GUCGCGAGGGGUGCACGUAUUUGCACGAACGGAACGAAGCACGCGUGUGAUGUUUUGAGGAAUUUUUGAAUGUAUCAGUGAUGUGAUUCGUUUUGGAUUGUAUUGCUUUCAGCUGACUCCACACCAGGACUUCUGUUGGAUUUUAAAGUUGACUGUAUUAGUCAAUAUAAGAAUGUUUCGUAAUGGUGUAAACAGUAAAGUGGCAACUUGACAUUAGCGCACUAGUUUACUUUAGUGUGGUGUAGUGCGAGUGUAAUGAAGUGAUAGUGGACAAGAUGGCGCCGAAGUUCCUUACACUUCUCUUCGCUGUCAUCUGCUCUCUGGCUCACGCUGAAAGAGAUCACGCGUCGUCAUUGGUGGGCAACACGGCCCGGCUCCGAUGUCGCAUCGACGGCAAGUCCUGUGGUGAAAUGCACAGUAUCAAGUGGUAUAAGGCCGACACUCGGGUUUACGUGUAUUCGGCUUCGAAGGACGCGGCCAUUAACCGGCCCGAGGGAGAUAUGACGGACAGGAUGUCAAUUUCCCAUGAGCCCAACGCUACUUACGCCGAGUUGGUGAUCACCAACGUGAAGGCUGAUGAUGAAGGAGUGUACCGCUGCGAGAUCACCUAUCUGCAGGUCGGCGAGGACUGUAACACCGUGCAAGUCACGGACUUUCAUACUUACAUCAAACCAAAAGCUGUAGAAGUGAUCACGAAUGAUGGAAAAAUAUUGACAAACGGUCAAUCUUACGGGCCACUACUGGAGCGUGCCAGGGUAAAUGUCACUUGUCUGGUGACAGAUGGAAAGCCUCAGCCCAAAGUCACGUGGUACUUCAAUGGGAAAGAGCGAUUGGACGCCCAAACAAUAACAGAACAGUCGGUGGUAAAGCACGUGCUUCCUCUCACCGUGACGCGGACUGAGCUGAACGGCGAGCUAGUGUGCAACGUGUCAUCUGCCGCCCUCGACAAUCCCAUCAUAAGGACACUCAAAUUGGAUGUCAGGGUACCACCAAACAAGAUAGCGAUAUCGGGAGUCGGCGAACAUGUGACGCAAGGUACGCUGUUAACGCUCAUGUGCAGCGUUUCAGGCGCCCGUCCUGCUGCCACCAUCGAGUGGUUCAACGGCACCGAACUACUGACACCAGCAAGUCAAAAUAUACAGCAAAAGGAAAUGGAAUCGAGUGAUACGACAGUAGCCACCAUGUCCAAUCUGACGUUCGAAGCGACGCGUUUCGAGAACGGACGCAGGUUCAUUUGCAAAGCCGUGAACGACGCCAUGAGAGAUAACAAUGAUCAUCCCAUUCAUGCCACGAGGGAACUAGAAGUUUGGUACCCGCCGAUCGUUCACGUGGGCCCGCCCAACAUAACGGUAGUAGAAGGCACGAAGAUCCUACUCAAGAGCGAAUAUGAGAGCAAUCCGUCAUCCCUGACUGAAGUUGUAUGGUAUCGAAAUGGCGAGCGGCUCAACGUAAACUCAAGCCACUACCAAGGAGGUAGCACGGACCAGCACGCGUUGAUUAUUCUCGAUGCUAAUGGAGAUGAUAUGGGGAACUACACCUGUCUGCUGGCCAACGUCGUGGGCAACGGGACCACUGAGGAAAUGAUCAGCGUGAAUGUGUUAUUCAAGCCCCAAGUUCGUCUGAUCAUGAAUCCAGAGAGUCCAAUACUGGAAACGGACCACAAGAAUGUGACGUUGACCUGCGAGGUGGUCUCCGGGAAUCCCUCGGUGCUGGAUGAGGUGAUCUGGUACUUGGACGGGGAGGUGUUGAAACAUCUGCCUGAAUGUAAUGGGACGGACGAGAACCUAUGCAACGAAGUGGACCCCUCGAUGCUUCUCCUCCAAGACACGACCAAGAGCUUCCACGGGAACUACUCCUGCAAAGGCAAGAACUAUGCCGGUUGGGGAAACGAGAGUCAGAAUACUGAGCUCGUCGUUAACUACCCUCCGGGAGCGGCCAAACUGACUUACUCCCCUUGGCGAGUGGUGAAGGGCAAAUCCUUGGUGCUGAGCUGCAGCAUCCAGGAGAAGGGCAGGCCCGAAGCUCACAGAUUCCGUUGGCACCGCGGCGGGCGCGUGGUAAGCGACAUCGUGUCCCAGAACUGGACCAUAGACCCCGUGACCUUGGACCAUCGGACCAACUUCUCGUGCCGAGGGGUCAACGCGGGGGGCGAGGGGGAGCCCGCAUUCGUCAACGUCGACGUCUUGGCGCCACCUAGUUUCAAAUACGCGAUGAACCACUACAGCGGAGCCCUAUACAAAUCACAAAAUAUAUCCCUGUCGUGCACGGUGGAAUGUGCGCCGCUGUGCAGCGUCCAGUGGCUGAAGGAUGGACAGAUCAUCGACCCCGCCAAGACUGACCGAUAUUAUGUCGUCGAUCGGAAGAUCCCUCCGCAAGUCAACAGAAACGACUUCGAGGCCACCGAAUCUACGCUGCACUGGAACAUGUCGUCGUGGCCGGGCGGGGCUCUGUCCCGUUCGUCGGACACGGCUCGCUACACGUGUCGCUCGUCGCGCAACGCCGCCGGGCCCCCUGUCAACUCCACCACCAAGUUUGCCGUCGAGUAUGAACCGGAAAAUAUAACGGUGACGCCUAAGGUGGUCUCGGUGAUCGAAAACGAAAUUCCGGCCAAAGUCGUGUGUUCUGCCAAGGGAUUCCCCAUGCCGAGCUACAGUUGGCGUCGCGAGCACCUCACGAAGAGCUCGGCCAAGGAGCACUCGAACCGCUCCUUUGUGCUGUCGUCUUCGAACACGCUGCUGCUCGGGCCCAUCGCGAGGAAGGACGCGGGCAACUACGCGUGCGAAGCUUACAACAGGCACGGAGCUGUCAACACCACGGUGUUCAUGGACGUCAUGUUCGUCCCGGAAUGCGGCAUCAAGCAGCAGGAGGUGGACGGUCAGCAGUUGCUGGUCUGCACGGCUCACGCCAACCCCACCGAGGUCUCCUUCGCGUGGAAGCUGAAGAACGACAACGACACGCUGACAGACGAGAAGAUCUGGUCGGAAGGAGCACAGAGCUUCCUCCGUCUGCGGUCCGGAGUGGACGUGUACCGGACGUACUUGUGCGUCGCUACCAACGAAGUAGGCGUCUCGAGACCUUGCGAAAGGGACGUCAUGGGCACAAAGGUUUGGUGGCGCGAUCGCCAGAAGCUGUUCCUGAUCGGUGGAAUCGCGUUGGCCCUGCUCCUCAUCACCGUGAUCCUGUGCAUCAUCAUUAUCUGCAUCUGCCGACGUAUGAGGGCCAAGUCCAAGUACAAUAAUUCAGUCGAGCUGGAAGAGCGAGAGAAUCCGGAUGGUAGCUGUAUAAACGAGGUGUCCAUAGCGCAGUCCAUAAUAUCGCAAGCUUUGCCCGCUUUGUCGCCGCGAAUCGAUCUCUCCUUCAGCCCGAAGACCUCCGACAGGGCCAGACUGGUCGAUUCGAAGAACUCGCAUUUAAAGAUGACACUUCACGAUAAAUCUUCAAAUAGCUUGCAAGCCAGCCUGUCGCAGUUAGAGGCGACGAUUAACGCGAACGGAGCCGACGGGAGCGAGGUGGAGACUCGAGCGAACGAAGAUAACGACAGGGUCGAGCCUCUCUCGUCGCCGAACAAGUGGCCUUUGAAGCCCGGCGUGCUCGUUCACGUCAACUCGAACCACACUUUGAGUCCCAAAAAUCCCGCCAGACUUCAAAGAGACCGACCGGGUCGAGACGAAGAGAGCGACUUAGGAUUGUUAGAGCGGAAAAGAACCGAUGACGAUAAGCCUAGGUCCGAGCGGGCAAAGAAGAGCGGUAUACCGCUCGCGGGGAUAUUUAGGAACUUGAGGAGGAAAAGCGAUUCGUCAGAGGACGACGUCGGAAAGUACAAGAAGAUCAACAAGACGAACGAGAGGGUCGUGUCUCUGAUGAGUAUCAAUAAGAGUUGUGGCCCGAAACGAAUAAGAUCUCUGUUUCGAAGCGAAACUCCGAACGUAAUCGUUACCGAAGGAGUCGUAUCCUUCAAAAGGCCUGACAGAAUGUGUGUAAGCGCUAGAAUUGAACCUCUCAAAGAGACGCAGCAAAACACGAGGAAACGGAAAAAGCCCGGCGACAGCCCUCCCUCGAAUGGCGUAGAUAAUGCGGCCAACGGAGCUCUGGGAACGGACAACCCCGGUCUCUAUGAGAACCUGCCGUUCCACGGAUUACAACAACCACCCAACAAGCCCGUGCAAGCGAUACAACCUAGGGUGGUCGAACCUAACAAAAGAAAAGGCACGAGUGUGGAGUCAUUACAAAAGCAACUCACUACUAACCCUUCAUUUGUUCCGAGAGUGGUCUGUCCGCCUUUCGUCCAAAACCUCGUUUCGUGUCCGCUGAGUCCAUCGGAUUCGUUGUCCACGUAUGGAAUACCAGUUCUGUCGCCCAUACAACAGAUGUUUCCCCUUCGACCGACCGUUCUGCUAAACCCUUAUCUCCCCCCGAUGCCUAGCAAUCACCUCGAGCGGUGUCCCACGAUCGACGAAGAAAUGGGCGAAGAACCAAGAAAAUUUUGUUCCUUGAAUACGAGAAACAUAAAGCCAAAACCAAAGUUUCAAUCUAUGAGAAUAGUGAGGAAGAGAAAGAUUGAGAGAUUUUAUCCAAAUACAGAAUAUGGAGAAAACUUUAAUGAAAUCAAUAAUAAUAGUAAAAAUGGAGAAGACAAAGACAAAGGUGAAAUGGACGAUAACAUUUAUGAAAACUAUCCGUCCCUAAUGAAGUUUAAAUCUGACAUAAGCGGAGUAGAGAAAUUUGAGAAUCUAACAGAUUCCAUCCAAGUAUACGAGGAAACUUUGGAUCGAAGUGAAAUAAACGCAUCUGCUACGUCCCUCGACAGACCGAUCCCAGCUCCUAGAACUAAAAUAACACCUUUUUCAUCACCCUUGAAAUCAGAUCAUGUUUAUGUUAAUUUGUCCAUGCCGUUAAUUAAUACCAUGUCUAUCAAAUCGUCUGAUACGGUAGACGCUCCAAUUAGAAGUACAAAGUCUGAGGAAAACAUAUUAUCGAAAUUUCCCACACUUCAAGUUAAUAAAAGCAAAGAAAAUCAUGUUAUACCAAAGAAAACUGUGGAUCAGAAUAGUUCUGACGAAGAUGACAAUGAAGAAAAGAAGACAGACCCCACUAAACCUAAUAUCGUUGGAGCUACUCCAAAACGAAUGUUGACGACUUUACCGUCAACUUCUCUAGUAAAAUCCGUGGUGAACCAAUUGAACGAGCAAAAUAUUAACAAAGUAGGACUGCCAAAGAAACAAGUGAUAACACCGACCACUCUACAAAUACCAAAACUCACAGAGAAACCGGUGCCAAAGAGAAAUUUAAAACGUAGCAAUUCCGUAACUAGUAGCGUAAUGAGUAGUGCAGUAGACCAGAAUACUAACAUCCUCCAACACCAGUACCUUCAGAAACGGAAUCACUUUCCGAACAUCGCCCCAAAAGGAAAAAACAAAAAGAACUUCCAAAUCCCUCUGCAGAAACAUCACAGCUUUUGCUACUUCCAGCCGAUCAGAGUAGACAAACGCAUCCCCGUAGAUCAGGAACGAUCCUACAACAACACGAUAGGUCCCGUGAUCUACCGACACGCGGACUCGCAGCACUACACGAAGACGCUCAACAGAAGCCGGGAAAAGAAUGGUCAGCGGUCGAGUCGCUUAAAAAAGUCGGAAAGUCUGAGAGAGAAGUUGUCGUGCGUCGGAGUGUACGACAACUAUGAGAAGCCCGACUAUCCCGAGCCCGAGUACGACGACUCCGAAAGGAAGUCGUACCUCCAACUGCUGAAAGGCAACUACAUAUCCGACUCCUCCCGGCACAUAGAGCCCGAGCAGUACAGCUCGAACCUCAACUGCAGGGAGGAGAAACCUAGACAUAAGAAGUUAGUGUACGCGGACUUAGCGCUAGGAAACCAUAAUUUGAAAUUUAAGAAUACCGUCAAUUCUAAUAGACACUUAUACGACACGUACUCUAUAGGUAACGAUAGCGCUAACAAAGACACUAACAGUGCUCAUAAGAAUAGUGUAGGCAGUAGUCAAAGGAAGGGGCAGCCCCGAAGCGAAUACGCCACGCUCAAGUUUAACGAAAUUGACGUCUAAGCCAUUCCGGCCGGAGGACCAUUUUGUAUACGCCGAUGUUGAUAUGAAGGAUUAUGGGCCGAUCAACUACAAGGCGGCCUCUAUCUACGCUCAGAUGAAGAAAGUCAA